GACGGUGGCGCUCAGUCGACGAACAACUUUGGCAGCGUAAAGACGCCGUGGACGCAAUUGCCGUGGAUGUGGCAAAUAACUGCGAAGAGCAACAAAUCAUAAAAAGCGAACGCACACACACUAGAGAGAAAGAGAGAGAGCGAGAGCGCGCGGCAAAAGCUUGCAGCGGAAAUACUGAAAAGCAAAGUGGAAGUAAAAAAGUGCCUGUGUCUGUGUGCGGCCGCUAGAAAGUGUGGCCAAAAGUGACAUCACACUCCGGGGCAGCAGAGCUGCGAUAGCAGGAGCACCAGGAGCACAUCAGCGAGAAAUCGCGCGCCGCCUCGCGGAACAUACCAGAACGAGAACAAGUCGCACGCGUCGUCGCUCAAGGUGAGCCCGCGCAACCGCACACCAUCCCGCUCCCCCGCUUACUAGCCACCGACGCGUCCCGUCCAAAAAUUAAUCUCAACAACUGGCACGACAAAUAGUCGCCGACGAAAAGUCAGAGCCAAGUAUCAAACGAAGGAAAGAAAUAAAUAAAACAAAUUCUCGAUACGCAGCGAGGUGCGUUGUUGAAACGAUUCGGUAGCGGACGAGGAACGGCAGAAGCAGCGAGAUGAAGCCCACUGUGAUGACACCCAACCAGGCCCAAAGCAACGCCGGCGCCAACGGGGCCCCUGGUGGAGGCGCCGGAUCAGGUGUCAACAUACCCAUCAACCGGGAGUACGCCGGGGGCGCCUACGGAUCGCCCCAGCAGCAGGCGGCGCAUCAGCAGCACCCCCAGUUCCACAGUCCCCAGGCGACGUACGGAUCGCCCAGGCAGCAGUUCCAGCAGGUUCCCCCCAGCCAGCAGCAGCAGCACUUUCAGCCGACCUUUGGAUUCGAACCGGACAUGGACAUGGAUAAUAUGUUUCCACGCUCCCACCUGGGCAGGAUGCAUGACCCCUUCGCGGGCUUCGGCGACUCACGUAAGAGGAGCAGUUUGCAUGGUCCCAAUGCCCAAGCUCAUGCUGACGAUGCCUUUCAAUCCUAUUUCGACGACGCAGACUUCGGUUUUCCCAGGUUCUCGACGAUGGGACGGCGUGGACGCAUGGCCGGCGGCGGCAACAAUCACAUGGAGCACGACGACGACUUUUUCAACAGGCUGCCAUCGGAGUUCCGCCAGUAUAUUCCUGACGGAUUUGGGGCUAGACGUGGGGCCGCUCCCGGGGCCAGUCAUGUUGCCCAACAUCCGCCGCCGCAGCAGCACCAGCCGCAUCCUCAACAGUCAUACGCCGCAUACGAUGUGCCGCCGCAGCACAUGUCGCAGCAGGGAUUCGGUGUAUCCCCACAGCAACAAGUGCCGCAGUCGCCCUCUAAGCGGCUCUGUGACGCUGCCAUCCAGACGGAGGACCCUGCUGGGCGAUCGGAGGUGGACUGCGCCCCGUCAGCUAACUUGAGCCAACAUGGACUACGCAACACAGUCGACAUGGGCGUUAAAAGCGCCACUGAGCAAGACAUGGGCCUGAGGGCGCACUCCGCCCCACCACCAGAGCAGCAGCAACAGAACCUGCAGUACCAGCAGCAGCAGCAGCAACAUCAGCGUGCUAUGCCUCCACCCGGAGGUCAGCAGCAGCAAUUCGGUACCCAGACCAGUCCCCCAGUUCAGGGUCAACAGUAUCCGGGGCAAAGGCAGCCGCAGCCGCCACUCAAGUCGUACUAUGCACCCCAACAGCAGACACAUCCCCAACAGAAGCAGCCGACUCCACCGCCAGCCCCACAGACUCCUGGCGGCACAAAUGUGCGAACUAUUCCCAUCUUCGUAGAAGGUCGCACCGAGCCCAUUAUCAACGCCCACAAGGAGAUCCCCACACAAAAUGCCCCUCCCAGCGCCCAGGAGAGUGCUGAGGCACACGCGCAGGCCCAGUCUCACUUUGCGCAACAACAGCGGCCCACGCCACUUAAUACUCAGCAGCCGUACCUCGAUCAGGAGAUGCCAGGAGGAGUUGCUGCUGAGGGAGCAGCUGGUUUGCCGCCGCAAACACCACACACCCUCGACUCCAUCAAUAAGAUCCAGGACAUUCAGCGCGAUGUGCUGGAGUUGAUGGGCAAGGUGGAGCAGUUCAAGGGCACCCGUCAGGACAAGGAAUACGUCUACUUGGACGAGAUGCUGACGCGCAACCUGCUCAAGCUGGACACCAUCGACACGAACGGAAAGGAUAGCAUUCGCCUAGCUAGAAAAGAAGCCAUCAAAUGCAUUCAGGCGUCGAUUAAUGUGCUGGAAGCCAAGGCCGAGGAAAAUGCACGAGCAGCGUCGGGGGCAGCAGCUCCAACCUCCACCGCAGAAGAGCCGGUGAAGAUGGAUGCAGUUGCUGUCUCAGACUCUGCGGUGCAAGGUGCAGAGCCAGUGACCCCACAGCCACAGGAUGCUACGAAGAUCCAGGAGCCUAUCCCCCUGCCGCCGCCACCAAACGCUGCAGUGCCAGAGACCAGUGGAGCAGCAGGUCCCGAAGCGGUCCCUGAAGAGCAGCACGCCGCUAGCCAGAAUGUCGCCCAAACCGGGACGACUACAACGACGUCGGAAUGAUGAACACAGCGCCUCUACAAAGCAACCGUUUCGAAGCAGCUACGAAAAUUAACCAAAUUUAAGUGACAGGAAGGCGAUCGGAGACGACUCAAUUGGGACACAUUUAAGGACAGCGCCAGACUUGAUUUGACAGAAAUCGAAGAUAAUCCGGUUAAAAGGAGAGCUAGCGAUGUACGUCCUUGCUAGAAAUUGUUAGCAGGAUUCAGACGCGACAAACUCGUACUAUGUAAGCAUGCAAAUCUCAUGUGACAGCAUCAUUGAGUGUGACAAACACUCAUCCCACUCAUCCUCAGGCGUCAUGCACCCCAUAUGUAGAUUAGGCUAGUAAGGAAAUUGAUAUUGAGAAAAGUGCCUGUAUAAACGUAAUUCGGAAGUUAACAUAACGAUUUUGUUGUAUUUCGUAUGCCCUACAUACAUUUUAAAGAGCUGAUUAUGAUUAAGCUAUAGAUCACCAUGAUGAUAAUUUUGAAGCCGAGUCCAGUUUUUAUACGUAUUUUGUGUCAGACAGCCCCCCUACGGACAGCAAGUGGUCGUAUGAUCUCAUACAAAUCUACAGCAAUUGUGAUUGGUUGCUACCGCCACUUACACCCAAAAACCACACCAACAUCACCAUCAACAGGGCACCACUUACGGCUUUGCUGCAGCUAAAUUGUUAAACAAAAGAAACAAAAAAAAAAAAAAACACUUGU